AUGGGCUUUUCCAAGGGCCAUUUGACCUUCUUCAUGGGACUUUUGGGUCCCAAGAUCAAGAACUCAAAGGAACCAGGGUCUGGAACUUCUGGGUUUGUGCACUCCUGUGAGGUCAAAGGGAUCAGAGUCACCGAGGUGGACUGGCAGCGGCCAAGAAACGGCGCUGCCCACCACACCGAGGAGUACCCGGGCCCUGUGCUGGUCGUCCGCAGGGGCCAGAGGUUCACCUUCACGCUGAAGAUGAACAAACCCCUGGAGAGCGAGGAGACCCUCAUCUUCACCGUGGAGACAGGACCCCAGGCCUCUGAGGCCCUUCACACCAAGGCUGUGUUCCAGACAACAGAGCUGGAGGUGCGCGAUGCCUGGAUGGCUGUGAAGGAGAUUCAGACGGAGAACACCAUGACCGUCAGUCUCAUCAGCCCUCCCAACGCCGUCAUUGGCCGCUACCAGCUGAGCACCAGGGUGUCCUCUCGCCGCAGAAACAGUGACCGGAAGCUGGGCGAGUUUAUUCUCCUUUUCAACCCAUGGUGCCCAGAGGAUGCCGUGUUUCUGGCCUCAGAGGAGGAGAGACAGGAGUACGUGCUCAGUGACAGCGGGGUCAUCUUCCGAGGCGUGGAGAAGCACAUCCGAGCCCAAGGCUGGAACUUCGGGCAGUUUGAGGAGGACAUCCUGAACAUCUGCCUCUCCAUCCUGGACCGAAGCCUGAGUCACCAGGCUGACCCAGCCACCGACGUGUCCCGCCGCCACGACCCCAUCUACGUCACCAGAGCCAUCAGCGCCAUGGUGAACAGCAACAAUGACCGGGGCGUGGUCCAAGGCCAGUGGCAGGGCAAGUACGGCGGCGGCACCAGCCCACUGCACUGGAGCGGCAGCGUGGCCAUUCUGCACAAGUGGUUCAAGGGCAGGUUCAAGCCAGUCAAAUACGGCCAGUGCUGGGUCUUCGCUGGAGUCAUGUGCACAGUCCUUAGGUGCUUGGGGAUUGCGACACGAGUUGUGUCCAACUUUAACUCGGCCCAUGACACAGACAGGAACCUGACUGUGGACAAGUACGUGGACUCCUUUGGGCGGACGCUGGAGGACCUGACGGAAGACAGCAUGUGGAAUUUCCAUGUCUGGAAUGAGAGCUGGUUUGCCCGGCAGGACCUGGGCCCCUCUUACAAUGGCUGGCAGGUCCUGGAUGCCACCCCGCAGGAGGAGAGCGAAGGCGUGUUCCGGUGCGGCCCCGCCUCAGUCACCGCCAUUCGCGAGGGCGACGUGCACCUGGCCCACGAUGGUCCCUUUGUGUUUGCGGAGGUCAACGCGGACUACAUCACCUGGCUCUGGAAUGAGGAUGAGAGCCGCGAGCGUGUGUACUCAGACACUAAGAAGAUCGGGAGGUGCAUCAGCACCAAGGCGGUGGGCAGCGACUCCCGCGUGGACAUCACCAGCCUCUACAAGUAUCCGGAAGGGUCCAGGAAGGAGAGGCAGGUGUACAGCAAGGCGGUGAAGAAGCUGUUCAGCAUGGAAGUGUCUGGAAGGAGGACCCGGGUCCACAGAGCCAGCGGCUGUGGUCUCUGGCGUGAUGACCUCCUGGAGCCUGCCACCAAGCCCUGCAUCACCGGCAAGUUCAAGGUGCUGGAGCCGCCCAUGCUGGGCCAUGACCUGAAGCUGGCCCUGUGCUUGGGCAACCUCACCUCCCGGGCCCAGCAGGUCCAAGUCAACCUGAGCGGUGCCACCAUCCUUUACACCCGCAGGCCGGUGGCAGAGAUCCUGCACGAAUCCCACGCUGUGAAGCUGGAGCCUCAAGAAGAGAAAAACAUCCCAAUUGCAAUAUCUUACUCUCAAUAUAAGAAAGACCUGACAGAGGACAAGAAGAUCCUAUUGGCUGCCAUGUGCCUUGUCACCAGAGGAGAGAAGCUCCUGGUGGAGAAGGACAUUACUCUGGAGGACUUCAUCACCAUCAAGGUGCUUGGCCCAGCCGUGGUAGGGGUGGCAGUUACGGUGGAAGUGAUGGUGGUCAACCCCCUCUCUGAGAGAGUGGAGAACUGUAUGCUGACGGUGGAGGGCAGUGGCCUUCUCCAGGGACAGCUCAGCAUCGAUGUGCCCAGCCUGGAGCCCCAAGAGAAGGCCUCAGUCCAAUUCAACAUCACCCCUUCCAGGAGUGGCCCAAGGCAGCUGCAAGUGGACCUCAUCAGCCCCCACUUCCCGGAUAUCAAGGGCUUUGUGAUCAUCCACGUGGCCACAGCCAACUGAUGGGCCAUGAGGGGCCGAGAGGGGAGGAGAUGGCCGCUGUUCCCCUCCUGUCCACCUCUCU